CUCACACAAUGGCCUUCUCCCAUUCCAAGACAAUACCUUCCGCCGCCGCCUCGGCCGCGGUCCCACUUCCUCCAACACACAAUGCUCUUGUUGUCCGCUCACUACUAGCGGUGACACCAGAACAGCGCCGCAAAGUCCUUGAAGAUGUCGAGUACAACGUCUUUGCGUUUCCCGCAGGGCUCGUGACGUGCGACUUCCUCUCUGACAGUGGCACAUCGGCCAUGACAGAUAUCCAAUGGGCUGCCAUGCUCCGCGGAGAUGAGAGCUACGGCCGCAACUGGGGCUACUACUGCCUCCUGGAUGCGUUCCGUGACACCUUUGAGCGCGGCGCCGCCGGCGCCCGCCGCGUUGUGCACGACAUGGUCAUGGGCAAGGCGGACAUGGCCCUGUACCGCGACGAGCUGCUCCUCCCGCAGGAGGGCGGCUUCGUCAACGGCGGGCCGUUCCAGCUGAUCCGGCCAAACACGUUCCUCGUGCCCCAGGGCCGGUGCGCGGAGGCGCUGCUCUUCUCCACGCUGCGGCUCAUGAUCGCGGAGGCGGCGCCGCGCAGCAGUAUCGCGCCGCCCAGGCAGCCCGUCAUCAUCAGCAACGGCUUCUUUGACACGACGGGCGCCAAUGCCGCCGUCGCAGGGUUCCAGCUGCAGACUUUCACGCAGCCCGGGCUGAACGACCCGUUCCCGCUCGAGCUCGUGGGCAGGGAGAACCCGUUCAAAGGGAACCUCGACGUCGCCGCCACCGAGGCGUACAUCGAGUCCCUCGAGGACCCCUCGGACGUCAAGAUGAUCUUGCAGACCAUCACGAACAACUGGGCGGGCGCGCAGCCCGUGUCCAUGGCCAACAUCCGUGCCGCGUCGGAGCUGGCGCGCCGCAGGGGUAUUCCGUUCUUCUUCGACGCGUGCCGGUUCGCCGAGAAUGCGUACUUUAUCCAGCGCUUCGAGGCCGGCUACGCGGGGGUCAUGAUCCAGGACAUCGUGCAGGAGAUGUUCACCCAUGUCGACGGGUUCACCAUCUCGUUGAAGAAGGACGGGCUGGCCAACAUGGGCGGCGCGCUGUGCUUCAAGGACGAGUCGCUCUUUGCGAAGAAGUACCCUGGCAUCGGCAUGAGGAUGAAGGAGCGGCAGAUUCUGUGCUACGGCAACGACUCUUAUGGCGGAAUGAGCGGCCGGGACCUCAUGGCCGCCGCCACCGGACUGUACGAGGUCGUCAAGCAGCCGUACCUGCAGAACCGGAUCGGCCAGGUCGAGCGCUUCGCCCAGCGCUUGCAGGCCAGCGGCGUCUCGGUGCUGCUCCCGCCCGGUGGGCACGCGGUAUACCUUGACAUGGACGCCUUCUUCAAGUACUGCGACCGCUCGCCGGGGGACUUCGCCUCGGUGGGCUUCGUGCUCGAGCUGCUCGAGAAGUACGGCAUCCGGGCGGCCGAGGCUGGGCCCUUUGGCUGGGAGUGGGACAAGAAGCCGCCCGCCGAGCAGGCCUUGAUCCCCAACCUGGUGAGGCUCGCGGUGCCGCGGUACGUGCUGUCCGAGGAGCACAUUACGUACACGGUCGCCGCGAUCCUGGAGUUGUACAACCACCGCCACACGAUUCCCAACGUGGAGAUCUCCCGGGGCAGGGAUAUGCGGCUCAGGCACUUUUCGUGUGGGCUCAAGCCUGUUCCGGUCAAGAAGGCCAUCUCUCUCCCUGACGAGCACAGUGGUGGUGUGGUGCCCGCCGCUUCCCAGGCCACAUACCUCAGCGAGGCCAAGCGACAAAUCGCACACCUCUCCCACGCGGUGGGUCAGACGGCCCUCGAAAAGGAGCAGCUCACCGAAGCCCUCGCCUUCUCGACGGGCACCUGGAGUACCCAGCCCAUCGCGUCGCCCGAGGACAAGGAGGCCGCCUUUGCUGGCUGGAUCUCCGAGGUGAGCAACGACCACUCGCCGUACGAGUACUCGGUGGCCAUCGACCAGCGCAGCGGCGCCGCGGAGCUGCGGUUCCUGAUCGAGGCGCAGCCCACGCACAACAGCCUGCCCGCCCUGACCGACGCGGCGAUGAGCAUGGCCCGGCAGAUCGGGGCCAAGUACCAAGACACGGUGUCGCUCGACCGGUUCGAGCUGAUUCGGGACCUGUUCGUGCCCCCCCAGCCAUCUGGUCUCGCCAUAUACAACAACAACGCCGGAGGGAGUGAAACGGCCGAGCAAGAGGGAGACAGCGCAACAACAAGUUUUGACGAGACCAGUCUCUUCUCGGCGUGGUUCAGCUGCGCGCUGUCCGCAAAGUCCGGCCCGGAGUGGAAGAUCUACCUGAACCCGCGCGCCCAGGGCAGCCAGCACGCCGCGGGGAUCACCCGCACCGCGUUCGAGCGACUGGGUCUCGCCGAGUCCUGGGCCCUGCUCGAGGCCAUGAUGGCCGGCACUGAAGACGCAGUCGUGUACUUCUCCCUGGAUCUCAGCCCGUCCAGUGAGAACCGCGUCAAGGUGUACAUCUCGCACCCGCGCACCACGGCGGGCGAGAUCGCGGGAAAGCUCGCGGGGUUGUGCCCGGAAACCUCGGCGUACGAGGUCGAGCGGUUCGUCCGGUGCAUGGCUGGUGGAGAGGCAGGGGAGGGCCCCUUUGAGGGGAAGAGCCUGCUCACCUGUUUCGCGUUUACGAGCAAAGACCCCCUGAGGCCCGUGGGCACGGUGCAUUUCCCCAUCAUCGCGUACGCGGGCGACGACCAGGUCGUCCGGGACCGGGUGGAGGGGUACAUGGACGCUGUGGGUGUGAGCGACAAGUUCCGGAGCAAGUACACCGACGUGAUCAGCGCGGUGCAGAGGCGGCCGCUGGAGGAUGGCCGGGGGAUCCAUGCGUGGGUCAGCUUGAAGAGCAAGGCGGGCGGGAAGAAGGUCAAUACUUUUUACAUCUCGCCCGAGCUGUAUGGCCCCGUUUUUGAGGCGGAGAUUGAUAUCGGGCCUCGGAAGAGGAGCAAGCGCGACUCGCGAGACUCGGGUGUGUUCGUCGAGACUCCCGAGGAGUAGGUUCGGUGUUGUUGCUUAAAGGAUUUAUCAUCUGUCAAGUUUCAUUAGUUUUCAUAAUUCACAAACCUCUACAUGAGUUCUUUAUACCGGCCCUGGUUGGCAGACUGACAAACUGAAAUCGAGCUUAUCGUCGCG